AUGUCUGCGGAUCUCGAAUUGAGGCUGCCAAUUAUCAAGCUGCGCAAUUCCGCCUCCGAAAUCGGCAGAGAUGAUCUCAAUCACGAAGUAAUUUGCAGGAGCGAAGAAGAAGAAGGUUGCCAGACGCCGAGAUCUCCGCGGCACAUGAUCCCCGCCGUCCUCCGCUGCCCUCCGGCGCCGAAGAAGAGGCGCCGCGCCGCCGCAUGCAAGAGGAGGCUCUUCGAGCUGGAUUUCUUCAAGGUCGUUGCGAGAGAAGAGGUCGACUCGUUUUUCAGAGGUGCGCAGUUUCACACGACUUUUGUUUGUGAAUUGUUUCACACUCUGAGGGGUUCUGAUUCAGCUUAA